CCCGUAACCUACGCCUCUCUGAAGGGUAUUCAAACACAGUGGCUCCACAACCUUCAUCUGAGGUAUGGACCAGUCGUACGCGUCGCUCCUAAUGAGCUGAGCUUCAUCGACGAACAAGCCUGGAAGGAUAUAUAUAGCAGUUCACCCACGGUGCCACAAGGUAUGAAGAGAGGGUCUGAUUUCUUCAGAUAUCUUGAAGAUGAUGACAAUCGGCCCUCUAUCUUAGCAGCCGAUGACAUAGAUCAUCCAAGAAUUCGGCGAGCCUACGCGCCAGCAUUUUCACGGCGAGCCUUAGCCCGCCAGGAACCAAUCCUAGCCAAGUAUGGUGACGCUCUCGUUGAAACCCUUUCCGGCAUG